AUGGCAGGGGGUGGUGGGAGGCCGUGCUGCCCCCAACAAGCCCUGCUGGGGGUGGUGGCCAUCGUGGCAGUGGUGGCGGAGGCACAACAGGGCGCUCCGGGAGCAGCAAGAGCUGCACCUGAGGAAGAGCAACUUUCCGUUGGCUAUUUUCAGAAGAAUAUGGUCUAUGGCAACGACCAGCGCGCAGAAAACGUUUACGUUAAGGUGUUCACCAACAGCCCAACCCUGGUGUGUAUGGAUUUGACUCUUUCUCAAGAUGAAGUAAUAGAUCCCAGGUACUCGUGGACCGGCCCAGAUGGGAGGAAUUUAGAAGGGCAAGGAUACGUGAACCUCACAAGCUCUGGGGAGCUGGUGCUGCUGGGCUUCCAGGAGUCCAUGUCUGGAGCCUACAAGUGUGCACUUUCCCACAGAAUCAUAGAAACCUCAGCACAAAAAGAAGUAGCUGUGACCAACACCUACAGGUUCAUGGUGUACGCAUACAGGGAAGCCAACCACGUGUACCAGGUCUCGGUCCGUUUCACUUCGAAGGGAUGUGAGCUGGCAGCCAACGCACGGUUUGUGGAGGAGCUGAAGAAGAUCCUGGAGGAUCUCAUCUCCGAGCUGAUGAGCCGCGUGGAGCAGCUCUCGCACCGCUGCCAUUCCCUCGAGGUUCCCCACCGGGGCUCCCCGAGCGAACUCUUCAUCACUUUUCAGGUGAAUCCCUUUGCUCCGGGAUGGGAAGAUCUCUGCAGCCGCCUCCCUCAGGACUGCGAGGGCACCGCGAACCACAGAGCUCAGCAGGCAAGAGAGCGAAUAGGAGAGUUUUUCAGGAAGCAGACUUACGCUCUGAAGCACCAAUUUCAGACCAUUCCUGCCAUCCAUUACGUGGAGGGCAGCUUCUCCGUGACCCCCAUCGACAGCUGCCGCCCAGGAUUUGGGAGGAACACCGUCACCCACCGGAGCUGUGCCGGCUGCUGCGUGGUGUGCAGCCCUGGGACGUACAGCCCGGACAGCGCUGGCAGCUGCAGGCUGUGUGUGAGGCAGCGCGCUGCGCGGUACGGAGCCAAGUCCUGCCCAUGA